AUGUCGGAUUUAUUACCGGAACCACCAUCAUCAUCAGCAUCGGCAACCAAUGAUGAAUCAGAAUCCCUUGAUCAUUUAUUGGAUGAUGCUUUAACUGAUUUUAAACAAACUGCAGCAAUAAAAAAAGAUGCAGUAACUCGUUCAGCUGAUGCACCACCACCACCAUCGGAUCCAUUGCAAACAACGUUUGAAGCUAUGUGUUUUAAUGAUGAAAAAUUCUUAAAUGAACUCGAUUCAAUACCGAAUCUUUUAUCGAAUUUUCCGUUUGGUCUAGGUGAAGCAACAAAUGAAAACGAAAACGAAAGUGAAACUAAUAAUAUAUUUAAUGUUUUUUCUCAAUUGGGUAAACAUGCUGAAUUAUUACAAAAAAUAAAAGAUGAAGAUAUCGAAAAAGCAUUAGAAAAACUAGCUGAUCAACCGAGCACAGCAUCGGCAUCGAACGCAGCAACAUCCGUGCCCAAUGAACCACAUGUUGAACAACUAAAUUUAUUCAUGUCAAGUAUAUUAUCGAAAGAUGUUAUGUUGCCGGCAUGUCAAGCCGUUGAUGAAUCCUAUGACGAAUGGUUAGAAAAAAAUAAGGAUAAUUUAACUGAUGAGGAACUUCAACGAUAUACAAAACAACAUCAAUGUGUUAAAGAUAUAUGUCGAGAAUAUGAAACAGUAUCGAACGACAGUCAACAAAUUCAACAUGUUCUACAAAAAUUCCAACAAUUACAAACCUAUGGUGAUCCACCAAAGGAACUUUUAUUUUUUCCUGGUUUACCCGGUUUUGGUGGAUUAGGUAGUGGAGAUGAAAAUUUAUUUGGUGAUACUUUUUCAGAAGUUGAUAAUAUUGGACAAAAUGAAAAGGAAUGUUGUGUAAUGUAG